AGAGCAAACACUUUGUAUUAGCAACACGGGCCGAGCACCGAGUGGCUCAACAACACAAAGUUCCUUUGCUUGGUCUGUUGCCUAGCAGCUAGAGUUCACAAAAUAGCCAACAUGGAGGUGAGAAACUCAGGAAACGGAUUGUUUCACACAGCUGUGAGGUACUGAGCUCAUUACAGGAGUGAAAUCUAAAGAUGUUUURACAACUGGAAAAAGUUCCAUAAAGCUGAAGGUAAAAAAGGAAAGAAGAUAAAACACACGAUGCCCAAAGGAAAAGAAGCCAAAGGGACGAAGGUGACCCUCAAGACAGCAAGAAAAGCCAUAAAAAUGACCCUGGAUGGAAGACGUAGACUCACUCUAAGCAACAUGGGUUUAACCAUUUUCCCCAACUGUCUUUUCAAGCUGGACAACGUGGAGGAGUUGGACCUUAGUCGCAACCUGAUUCAGAAACUUCCUGAUAACAUCGGAGACUUCUUAUCCCUCAGGUUUUUGGAUGUGCACAGUAACAAGCUGGUGUCUGUGCCUGAGUCCAUCGGCAGCCUGGUGGAACUGACCCACCUCAACCUUGCAAAUAACUGCCUGACCUCUGCAGGUUUGCCAUCCUCACUGGGUUCUCUCACCAAACUGAAGAGUCUCAAUCUUGGAAUGAACCAGCUGGAUGCCUUGCCUCACAACAUGGAGCGCUUGGUCGACCUUCAAGAGUUAGGCCUGUUUGAUAACCGCUUCAUCAAGCUUCCCGACUUUGUGAAAACCAUGCAGAAACUCACUAAGUUGAAUGUGGCACGCAAUCCUCUAGCAUAUCUUAAGGAAAAAAGCGAGCAGGUGAAGAAGAAAAUGGCCGAACCAAAAAACGAUAUGUACUUAGUCCAUGAAAGCACUCUGUGUAAGGAAUGCCUUCAGAAAUGYAAAGCCCAAAGGGAAAGGCUUAUGAAGGGAGAAAGAAGUGAAGACAGAGAUAAGUUUGAUGAGAAAGAGAAAAUAUCUUUUGCAGGACUGAUAACACCGAACUCAGUGGCCUCAGUCACUCAGGAUGUGUGGAGAAUGAAAGACAAUGUGAAAAACAAGAAAAUCAAAUGACCUAGCAUCUGUUGAGUUCAGCUAUGGAAAAUCUAAAAAUUCUAGAAGUAACWAUUUUUUUUUAUUUUUAGCUCACCAUGUAUUUCAUAUGAAUAAAACUGAUUGAAUUGC